GCUGGGAGUGCUGAAAAUGCCACCGGCAACAGGCAGCAUCUGGGAUGGUUGCAGAGGUCUUCUGGAAUGGAUAGAGUGCCUUUUAGAGGACUGAUGUAGGCGUUUGUGGCCAGUGUGCAACUGUGGGGGGGCUGGCACUUCUGUCCCCUCUCACCAGCACAGCCACACAUCUUGCUGCAGGGCUCCUCUGCUGGGGCUGCAGCAGGGAGCAUGGUCAGCGUGCUGUGCGCUGUGCUGCAUGCGCUGCUCAGCUGCCUCAUCCCCCCUGCCAACCUGCUGGUGAUCGUGGCUGUCUGCCAGCUGCUGAGGAAGCAUCCAGGCUCUGGCUACAUCUACGUGCUCAACCUGGCCACCGCCGACCUGCUGGUGGGCGUAAUGUGCAUCACUGAGGCCCUGGAUGAUGUUCUGGAUGGGGACUUUGACCGUAGCAAGUCCUUCUGCCUCCUGCGCAUCUCCCUGAGCAUGACGCCGUGCAUUGGCUCCAUCCUGACCCUGCUGCUCAUCUCCCUGGACAGGUACCUGGCAGUGAGGCUGCCACUCUCCUACCGCACGCUUCCAAAGAAAGCACCCGUGGCCCUGUCCCUCAUGUUCCUCUGGAUGCUCGCCUUCCUCCUUGGGCACUUGCCUCUCAUUUUUCCCUCUCUUCAGCAAAGCAACUACACGGGCUACUGUGGGCUGCUCUCUGUGGCCAGGAGUGAGUACCUCUACACCCUCUGCUUCGGUGUCUUUGCUCCAUCCCUGCUAGUGCUGCUGUGCCUACACGUCUCAGUGUGCAGCAUCGCCUAUGCGCAGCACACGCGGUCGCCUCACUCCUGCGCCCAGCCCAGGCCCCUCCGCGCCCGCCUGCGCCACUUCAAGGCGCUGCGCACUGUGCUCUUUGUCCUCGUCGGCUUCGGGCUCUCCUGGGGCCCAUACCUGGUGGGGGGCACCGUGCAGGCCGCCUGCCGCUCCUGCGACCUGUCUGACACACUCAAGGACGCGCUGUUCAUCCUGGGUGAGACCAACUCCCUCCUCAACCCUCUCAUCUAUGCCCUGCACAGCAGAGACAUCCGCAGCCACCUCGCCAAACUGCUCGGCUGCAGGCGGAGGGGCCUAGUGCAGCCCGUGGCCUCCAGCAUCCACACUGUGAGUGCUGGGAGCUGGCCCAGGUCAUCUGGGCUGUGAGGGGUCCCAUCACUCCUACGACUGCAGGGCCUGCAGUGGGACAGUGGUGCUCGAUGUGGCUGCAAGCAGAUCCCCGCACAGCAGCCUCUCGUUAUGCCAGGGGCUGCUCACCGCCUGCUGCCCCUGCACCUGAGCAAAUGCUGCUGGGGCUGUUGGUUGCUUUGGUUCAACUGUGGCCUCUUAUCCCCUGUGAAUGGGUGAACUACUGCGUGCUGUGCUUUGCUGUGCUGUGCCUGCAGCGGGCUGAACUGAACUGCUGUGUGCUGUGCUGUGCCUGCA